AUGGGUGAUAGCCGAGGAAGUAGUCCGGAAGCCGACACAAGAAACAACAAUGGAGAGGGAGCCUCCGGCGGGGUGACCGCCUCAGAGAGCGAUGACUGCAUCAAGGAGCAGGACCGGCUGCUCCCCAUCGCGAACGUGGGGAGGAUAAUGAAGAAGAUCCUGCCGCCGAACGCCAAGAUCUCCAAGGAGGCCAAGGAGACCAUGCAGGAGUGCGUCUCCGAGUUCAUCAGCUUUGUCACCGGCGAGGCCUCUGAUAAGUGCCUCAAGGAGAAGCGAAAGACGGUCAACGGCGAUGACAUCUGCUGGGCCCUCGGCACCCUUGGCUUCGAUGACUACUCCGACGCCACAAGGAGGUACCUCCAAAAAUAUAGGGGUUCCGAAGGUGAGAGAGCGGCGGCCUCCAAAGGCGGCCCCGCCGACGGCAGGGAUCAAGAGCUGCAUCUCUUCGGAGGAGACCAGGUCAGAGAUAACCAAGCUUCAACUUCUAACCCAUUUAAAUUUAAUGUCAUAGACUGGAACAGCGGUGACUCCACACCGAAGCCGUACUAG